AUGUCGUCAAUUACUGGUUUAAUUGAACGUCAAUACGAGCUCUUUACGUCGAUGAGCCGGACAAUUAUUAAUUUACGCAAAAAGGGGGAGGCGAACAUCACGGAAUCCUACGUUAAAUCCCGUCUCUCGUCGCUUAAAGAGAACUGGACGUCGUUCCGUCGGAACCAUGCGCAAAUUACGGAUCAGAAGACGGAAGAAACCCGCAAGCUAAGCUAUUUCACCGAUGACCUGUGGACUCAAGGUGAGGAAAUCUUCAUCGACAACCAAGCGACUCUGGAGGAGUAUUUGGACCGUUUCGCUCGUACUCCCAAACCACCGCAUGGCCCUGUUGCCCAGUCCAUCACGAGUUGCGCGGAUCAACCGGGUCAGCCACGGGCAUUACCUAAGCUCGUGCUGCCAAAGUUUGCUGGACAUCACAAAGAAUGGACGCCGUUCCGCGAUUUGUUUCAAUCCAUGGUCAGCGACAACGCAUCGAUACCCGAGGUAGAAAAAUUGCAUUAUCUAAAAAUGAGCGUAACUGGCGAAGCCGCCCAACUCAUCAGCAACUUAUCCGUGACCUCGGAUAAUUUUAAACUCGCGUGGCAAGUCCUCUCUGACCGUUAUGAAAAUCGUCGCGUUCUUGUUGACACCCAGCUCGACUUGUUAUUCUCAGUCAAACGGUUACAGCGAGAAUCGGCGACCGAGCUUAAACGGUUAUAUGGAACAACAAACGAAGUCAUCGGAACUCUUAACGGUCUCAAGUGCGACACAAAAAACUGGGACCCUAUAAUCGUAUACUGGGUGUCGCGUAAAUUCGAUUCUAACACUUUCCGAGAAUGGGAGCUGCAUAUCGGCACCUCCACCGAAAUUCCAACUCUGACGCAACUUAACGACUUCCUGUUGAUGCACAUUCGCGCGACGGAGUCCGUGGAACGCUUUUCCGGAUCGUCGCAACCGCUUUCCCGAAGUCGAGAAGUUAAGGUCCAGGUGCAUCAGGCAACCGUUAACGCGGCCGCCUGUCCAGUAUGCAACGCUUCUCACUCUCUCACGUCGUGUCCAACGUAUCUCGCGAAACCAGUAGAUCAACGUAAAUCAGUUGUUGCUCAGCAGCGUCGGUGCUUCAACUGUCUCGGCAAUCACCAUCGUAAGGCAUGCCGCUCAAAUCACCGUUGUAUUACAUGCAAGGCGCGGCACCACUCAACUCUUCAUGAAUCGACGACCUCCACGUUUCCGACGGCGAAGCCCUCACCCGAAACUGAACCGUCCGCGUCCGAAGUCACUGCAGCGUCAUCAGUUACGUCACAUCUUCUCUCGAACCAUGUCCACCCUCGGCCAGCAUUUGGGCGGAUGCUGCUGGCCACAGCGCUUGUUAAACUUGCAUCUCCAUACGGGGAAACUCGGAUCGCCCGCGCCCUUCUUGACCAAGGCUCCGAGGUUUCGUUCAUCACCGAAUCUCUGGUUCAGCAGCUGCAUCUCCCACGACGACACGCAACCAUUCCCGUCUCGGGCAUCGGAGCAGGACGGACGGUCGUCACUCGGGGCGCCUCCACGUUUCGAAUAUCGUCCUUGGUCAACCCAAUGUUCAGCUGUGAGGUAAACGCUCUUAUAUUGCCGAAGCUCACCGAUUACAUUGCAGAUCGCUCUCCCAACCUGGUCAGCCUUCCGCACCUCCACGGGCUUCAGUUGGCGGACCCCGAUUUCCCGCAGUCAAGUCGCAUUGACCUGAUCAUCGGCGUCGAGGUCUACAACAGCGUACUACUUUCUGAGGUUGUUCGCGGUCCACCACGAACACCUUUAGCCCAGAAGACUCAACUCGGGUGGAUCGUGUCCGGUCCUACGCCUCAAGCAGCGGAGGGUCCCCAAGCAAAACACCGCGCGAGCCUGCAGUGCUGCUUGGACCGCGAACUUGUCGAUCUCGUGCAACGAUUCUGGAACCAGGAAGACUACGCCUCGUGCAGCGAACCAACAAUCUCCGAAGCCGACCAAGUAUGCGAAAAUCAUUUUGUACGUACACACGCUCGAGACGGCAACGGUCGGUUCACCGUGCGCCUACCUCUCGCUCGAGACGUUGCGGUUCUCGGUGACUCUCGCAAUUCCGCGUAUCGUAUACUUGUCAAUUCCGAAACUCGUCUAGCCAAAAAUCCACCACUGCGUUGCGCUUAUUCUCAAUUUCUGACCGAGUAUGAACGGCUCGGGCACAUGCACCGCGUAACCUCUUCGGAACUGACCGCGCGCGUAGCAUAUUAUCUACCACACCACGGCGUCCUACGCGAAACGGGCACGACAAAGGUCCGUGUUGUUUUUAACGGGUCGCACAAAACUUCAUCGGGCCUCUCGUUAAACGACUGCCUUCAUUCCGGUCCGAAGUUACAAAAUGAUCUCGCCGAUGUGUUACUGCGUUGGAGACAAUGCGCGUUUGCAUUCUUGGCUGACGUCGAGAAAAUGUAUCGCCAAAUACGAGUGCACGAUGACGAUCAAUCACUUCAGCGUAUUCUUUGGCGUCGCGAUAGCUCCGGUUCUAUAGAAGAAUAUGCUCUCUCCACGGUCACGUAUGGACUUGCUUGCGCUCCAUACCUCGCUCUCCGAUGUCUGCGUCAACUGUCUACCGAUCACGAAAAGGAGUUUCCUCUUGGAUGUACCAUUCUCCGCGACGAGACGUACGUAGAUGAUGUUCUCUCCGGCGCGCACAGCCUCCCGGAAGGCCUCGAAAAAAUAUCUCAAAUCAGUGAGCUACUGCGAUCAGGGGGCUUCCAGCUUCACAAAUGGACCGCGAAUGACGAUAGAUUAUUAUCGAACUUCUCGUCGCAAUCUGCGAGCGCGCUAGGCGAACGUUCACUGAACGAUGACGCGUCGCAUCGAGCUUUAGGUCUCGCGUGGAACGUGAAUCGUGACGCGUUCGUGUUUACAUUUCAUACCCUCUCUCAUUCAUGCACGACGAAGCGCAGCGUACUUUCAACCGUCUCUCAGCUUUACGAUCCCCUCGGAUGGAUCGCUCCGGUCAUCGUGCAAGGCAAAACCUUCAUGCAGGAAUUGUGGACUCUAAAGGUAGGCUGGGACGACCCACUCCCCGCGGAGUUCGUUAAGCGUUGGGAGAAGUUCAGCUCCAAUCUUUCGGAAGUGCGAGCUGUAACAAUACCGCGAUGGAUCGGUACCGCGCCUACGAACGUUUCCACGGAGAUUCACGGGUUCGCGGACGCGUCCUCCCUUGCCAUGGGAGUCGUCAUCUAUCUCAUCACGAAAGAUGAAACCGACCAAAUCAGGACUGCCUUGUUAAUGGCCAAAACAAAAGUUGCACCUCUCAAACGCGUCACUAUCCCGCGACUGGAGCUCUCGGCCGCAGCACUGCUCGCGCGUAUCGUCAAACGGAUCCGUAAGGUUCUAAAAAUGGGGAACGCUCCGAUACAUCUGUGGACGGAUUCCGCGGUCGCUCUUGCGUGGAUCCGCAGCCACCCUUCUCGCUGGAAGGAAUUCGUGCAUAAUCGCGUGUCCGAAAUUCAAACGUCAUUACCAGACGCCACAUGGCACCAUGUUCCGGGUACUCAAAACCCAGCAGACUUGGCUUCGCGAGGCACGACGCCUCAACAUCUCAUCAGCGAUGCACUAUGGUGGUCGGGACCCCCGUGGUUGCAGUGCCCGUCCCCCGCGUGGCCUUCGGAAAAGUUGACUCCGGAUGACCGGAUUGACGUCGAGAUGCGAAAAUCUCGCGUUCAAGCCUCACUAGUCGCAACCACCGAGUCAUGGAUGGACACCCUAAAGCGCUACUCCUCGCUAUCGCGUCUGUGUCGCGUAACCGCGUGGUGUUUCAGAGCGGUUGUCAAAUUUCGGUCACGGUCUGCACCAUCACCAACCCCGCUCACGCUUUCUGUCUCGGAGCUAGAUCGCGCGCGUUUAUAUUGGGUGAAAGAAACUCAGAAGGAGCAUUUUCGAGAUGAACUCUCCGCGCUCGUGUCUGGAACUACCGUCUCGAAAACAAGCAGUCUCUACAAUCUUAUGCCGUACGUAGACGAGAAGGGACAUUUACGAGUCGGUGGUCGGUUGAGUCACUCGCAGUUGCAUCCCGAUCAGAAACACCCGCUUAUUCUCCCGCGCUCAUCCCCUCUUACGUCUCUCGUCAUUGAUCACGCGCACAAGAACUCACUUCAUGCUGGGCCCCAACUAACGUUAGCCACGAUACGACAAUCAUACUGGAUUAUCGGCGGUCGUUGCCCUAUUCGCGUGUUUAUCAACAAAUGCGUUGUCUGUGCACGACAACGAGCUCGCACUGCCGAACAGAUUAUGGGCCAACUCCCAACGCGUCGCGUCACCCCUUCCAGGGCCUUUUUGCAUUCCGGAGUGAACUACGCGGGUCCCUUCAGUGUAAGAACGAUUCGCGGCCGGGGGGGAAAGAUCCACAAAGCAUAUAUCGCGGUCUUCAUCUGCCUUGCUACUGGAGCCGUCCAUCUCGAGCUUGUAUCCGACUACUCUGCGGAGGCGUUUAUCGCGGCCUAUAAGCGAUUCAGCGGGCGUCGCGGAAUACCUGCUACGAUCACUAGCGACUGCGGAACCAAUUUUGUCUGCGCCGACAAAGAGCUCCGCACCAUGCUCGCGAAAGCGUCUCGCGAUCCGGGCGCGAUUUCGACAACACUUGUCAACGACGGCACCGAUUGGAGGUUUAACCCUCCUUCCGCGCCUCACUUCGGGGGGAAAUGGGAAGCCGCCGUCAAAUCUGUAAAAUUUCACAUUCGUCGUGUGGUGGGGGAUACGGCCCUCACCUUCGAAGAAUUUACAACUCUUUUGACGCAGAUCGAAGCUGUUCUUAAUUCGCGACCGCUUUGCCCCUUGACGGACGAUCCGUCCGAUCUCAGCGCUUUAACUCCUGGGCACUUCCUCACUGGGGACGCGCUAAGGGCGGUUCCUGAACCAGACUUGUCCCUCGUCAAGACGUCACGCCUCUCACGGUGGCAACUGCUAAGACAGUUCACGGAGAACAUCUGGGAUCGGUGGUCACGGGAGUAUCUAACCUCCCUGCAGACUGCCUCGAAAUGGCAGGCCUUACGUAACGGAGUCCAACUCGGAAACCUUGUCCUUAUAAAAGACGAACGAACUCCUCCUUCAAAAUGGCCUCUCGCCUGCGUUACACAGCUGCACCCAGGGCGUGACAACCUAACUCGCGUCGUAACCCUGCGCACCGCGUCCACCACGUUAACGCGGCCAAUUACAAAGUUAUGCGUCUUGCCCAUUGACACUACGGAUCCCAGCGCUCAGGUGUCGGAUCCCGUCACAGACAAUCGCAACGGGUAG